UUCAUGUGAAUCGCGAACAAAAAAAAAAACAAUUUCCAUGUAGAUGAUUAGUACAAAAUCAUUGGUUCGGCCGUAAAGAUCAUUUCAUUUAAAAAAUAAACAACUUUAAGUGAAUCUGAUUGCAAAAUGUUACAAUUUCGCAUAAUUUUUCCAAUUGCGUUUCUUUUUUGCUAUGCCCUUGCUUUUCCCGACUCUCGAAACCCGAAUUUGGAAUAUGAAAUCAUAAACCCCAGAGCUCCGCAACUGAACGAUAAGCCGGUGUUACAACCCAUAACUUCAACUCAAAGGCCUGUCAUCAUCAACACACCACCACCACCUUCAAAAGAUUCUAAAAAUUUCGUUUAUAACCCAGUUACUAAAACAUGGACUCAAUUAAAGGGAAGUGAUCCACCACCAGCUGAGGAUGCCCUUGUUUGGAAUCAAAGUAAUGACAAAUGGCUAACCAUGGUAGCACGAGUUUAAAUAAUACUUAUAAUUAUAUAUAUAUAUAUGUCCUUGUUCUACAUAAUUACAUAUGAAUGGAAACAAAAUAUAUACUCACUUAUACAUAUG